AUGAGCAAGCAAAGGACCCUGACCACUUGUAUUGCCAAGAUGUAUGAAGGAGGCAAGCUAGACAACGGUGGGGUCUCAGGGGCAGGACCCGCGGUCAAGAAGCCCGCCAACAACGCGCCCAAGAGCCUGACCGGCUUGGAGGCGAAGCUGAACUUGCUCGACGCGAAGGUGGAGCGGAUCGCUAGCGGUCAGGCGGAGAUCCUGAAGAAGGUGGACGUGGUGUUGCAAAGCGUGGGGAGCAUGGAGAGGGACGUAGCCACCCUGAAGCAGGCAGGGGACUCUCCAGAAGCCGUCGCGGGACCCCGGGGUGGUGACCCGGUCUCGCUUUCGGAGAUCAGAGCCCUGUGCACAGAGACGGUGGCUCUGCUGCAGAGUCUGCGCCAGGAGGGCGUGAAGCAGCAGGAUAAGCUGACGGGGAUCGAGAGCUCCGUCUCCGCCAUUUACAAAGUCCUGGGAUAUGUGAGCGACACCUUCAAGAGCUCGAAAAUUGUGGAGUAUAUCGUGCGAGGCAUUGUGCCCUGGAGAAAAGGAAGCCUUUUGGAGAGUGGAGAUGAUGAGAAAAAGGACAAGUCAGAAGAUAAAACAGUAAAACCAAAAGUCAAAUACGGCAGUCAAGAAACCAGAGUCCAACAUGGAGUCACUAAUGCUGCUGAAGAAGUCACCCACAGACUGGCAUUGCAGAGCAAAGCCGAUGUCCCUGUCACUGCGACUCCAAGCAUCUGUCAGUCAGGACUCCCUGACUCCACCCCCUCACCUCUCACCUCCGCCCCCACCCCGCUGGACCCAGUGGCCCAGUCAGACACACCAUGCCCCAACAGUAACGACGCUCCAAACAAGGGCCUUCGGAGGGCAAAGGAAGUGACCCUCUGCAGCAGGGAGCCUGCCCGAUCGCAGACCUUCAUCAAAGAUGCCCAGGACUCUGGGGCGGCCCUGGACAGGGCAGAGCUGGGUCAGGCUGAGGCCAGGGGACAGGACAACAGAACCUGCAGGGGAACAGCAGCAGCGGAACCAGAGGCUGUCAUUGUGGAAGAGCCUGAGGCAGAACACCAGGACACAGUGGAUGCUAAGCUAGAGAGGCUGGAGAGGACCCUGAUCCCCACGUCACCCAUCCAGGAGUCUGAGGUAGAGGAACUUCAGGUUCCAGGAACCAAUGGUUCUCAGACUCUAAGUAAAGGCCAUGGGGAAGAACAACGAGUCAAGCAUCAGGUUGGACAGCAAAAAGAGGACCUUCUGCCCCCAGGGAUCCCACAGCAGUGCAGCACCACUGUGACACAGCCAAACAACAGUAGCACCAAGAUAGCCAGUCUGCCAAAACCAGAAUCAAAAUCCCAGGCUGGACAAGAUCAGAGACUCUCUCAGACAGAGUCCGUUUUGAGCUUGUCCCAGAACAAGCAAGUCUUGCCUGGACCUUGUGACUCAACACAACCCAUACCUGUCGUUUUUGAGGAAAAGGCUGAAAUAACACAAGACGGCAAGAAAAAACCUGGCAACGAGGUGACUUUAUGUAGCAACCAGGCAAAUUCAACCUCAGUGACUGCGGUGAAAGCUCCAGAGGUGCUGCCACUCGUCAUCGAUGAUUGCCCCCCCUUGCCUGCUCCAUUUGAACACCGUAUUGUGAGUGCCAAGCAGGUUCCCAUCACCUCAUAUUAUGCUGUCAAACCACAUGAAGUGCUGGGAGGGGGACGCUUUGGCCAGGUCCACAAGUGUGCGGAGCUCUCCUCGGGCCUGACACUGGCUGCCAAGAUAAUAAAAGUGAAAGGCUUAAAGGACAGGGAGGAAGUGAAGAAUGAAAUAGGAGUGAUGAACCAGUUAAAUCACGUCAAUCUGAUCCAGCUCUACGAUGCCUUUGAGUCCCGCACUAACCUGACCCUCAUAAUGGAGUACGUGGAUGGUGGCGAGUUGUUUGACCGAAUCAUUGAUGAGAACUACAUGCUGACUGAGCUGGAUGCCAUCGUCUUCAUGCGACAGAUCUCUGAGGGUGUCCAGUACCUACACCAACAGUACAUCCUCCACCUCGACCUCAAGCCAGAAAAUAUUCUUUGUGUGAACUCCACAGGAAAUCAGAUAAAGAUAAUUGACUUUGGACUGGCGAGAAAGUACAAGCCAAGAGAGAAGCUGAAGGUGAACUUUGGCACACCAGAAUUUCUCGCCCCUGAAGUUGUCAACUAUGACUUUGUUUCAUUCCCAACAGACAUGUGGAGUGUAGGAGUAAUCACAUACAUGCUUCUUAGUGGCCUAUCUCCUUUCCUGGGGGACAAUGACGCAGAGACCAUGAACAACAUUCUCCACUGCAACUGGGAUUUUGAUGCAGAGGCAUUCGAGAGCGUCUCUGAGGAAGCCAAAGACUUCAUCUCGAGGCUGCUCAUCCAAGAGAAGUGCAGCCGUAUGAGUGCUACUGGCUGCAUGAAGCACAGCUGGCUGAACAACCUGGAGGAGAAGGCCAAGAUGCAGCGGGUUCGCCUCAAGUCCCAGCUCCACUUGCAGCGUUACUUGGCCGCUCAUCGUCAGUGGAAGAAACACUUCCUUGUGGUCGCUGCAGCAAACAGGCUGAAGAAGUUUCGCCAGAGUCAAUCUGUCAAGCUGGCAUAA